UAUUCAACCUUCUGAAUUAAUGCAUGUAAAUAUUAGUAUAAUGCAAGAUUUGUUUGCAUGUCUUUUUUUUUUAACGUUAGUAACUUCUGGCUUGCGAUCCGCAAUUGUUACUCCGAUAUUUUCUAGAACUCGAUGAAUUGUGAGCGUUUGAUAUUCAUUGACAUUGUCUCGCUUCGCUCUCGAUAUUUAAUAAAAACUAUAACAACGAGAUUCGAAUAAUUGACUGUAACGACGCUCCGAUGUGAUCGAUAAGAUCUGUAGGAUUCAAGGUGACGAGUGUCAAAUGAAAGAAUCAAUUGAGGCGAUUCAAUCAAAGAUGCGGUUGCAUCUUCUCGUUCUCUUUCUCUUCCUGUCGGCGUCGUCCGCGGAGCAACGAAGCAAGAGCGACGAAGAGAAAUGUCGCGAGGAGCACCCAACUUUACUUUACUACUUCUCAUGGGCGGAUUACACGGUGCUCGCCACGAUGUUGUUGGUUUCAUGUCUGAUCGGCACCUUCUACGGCUUCUUCUCGAGCAAGCAGGAGACCAGCGAGGAUUUUCUGCUAGGCGGCUCGUCCAUGAGCACGUUUCCCACGGCGAUGUCGCUGGCCGCCAGUUUUAUCACGGCCAUCGAACUACUCGGAAAUCCCGCGGAAAUGUACGGACAGGGUACUCAGUUUUGGAUGACUUGUUUCUCCUUCAUACUCGUGGUACCGAUCACCUCUCGUUUGUACCUGCCGGUCUAUAUGAAAUUAAGGCUGACUUCGAGCUACGAAUACCUGAAUCUGCGCUUUGAUCGGCACUGCCGGUUGCUCGCGAGCGUGUUGUACAUGCUGCAAAUGGUGUUGUACACGUCGGUGGCCGUGUACGCCCCUGCAUUAGCUUUAAGUAACGUAACAGGCCUGAAUACUUACAUAGCCGUCACUCUAGUCUACGUAGUCUGCAUUUUUUAUGCUUCACAGGGUGGUAUGAAAGCAGUGAUAAUGACCGAUACCUUCCAAGCCGCCGUUCUUAUCGGUUCGUUGUUCCUUAUUAUGAGUUACGGAAUGUCCUGGGCGGGCGGAUUCCUCACCGUUUGGGUAGACAACACAAAAUCCGGAAGAAUAGAGUUCUUCAAUAUGGAUCCUAGUCCUACAGUACGGCACAGUUUCUGGAGUGUCGUCAUUGGUGGCACCUUUUAUUGGACGACCAUGUUUUGCAGCAACCAGGCGUCCGUCCAAAAGUAUCUCAGUGUCGAGAGCAUUUCGCAAGUGAGAAUAGCGUUGUGGGUGUCCUCGUUCGGAAUGAUCAUAAUUUAUACCGUGAACUUUUUAACCGGAAUGGUACUGUACAGUGCCUACAAAGACUGCGAUCCUUUAACCGCCGGAUACAUAAGCGGCCAGGAUCAAAUACUUCCAUUGUAUGUAAUGAAUUUCAUGGGACGUCUCCGUGGUGUUCCCGGAUUUUUUGUCGCUGGAAUCUUUGCCGCAUCUCUCGGAACCGUGGCUAGUGCUUUAAACUCUUUGGCAGCGAUAACCUGCGAGGACGUUCUUCGUGGGCUCUUUCAGAUGAACCUGCCGGCGAGUAAAGGUGCUGUUUACGCCCGAUGGAUCAGUAUAUUUUUCGGAGCUCUUUCUUUCGCGCUUGUCUUCGUUGUGGAACGACUCGGUAGCGUUCUGCAAGUCGCACUAUCUUUUAACGGUAUGGUGGGAGGCGUGACUCUGGGAUUGUUCUCUCUGGGCAUGUUCGUGCCGUGGGCCAACGCUAAAGGAGCGAUAGCAGGUUCCAUCACGAGUUUGGUAGUCGUGUUGUGGAUCGGAUUAGGCGCCCAAGUUGCGGCGGUAAACGGACAAAUCCACUUGGAUAGCAAAUCCGUAUCGAUUGCAGGCUGUCCUUGUAUAAACGAGACCGCAAUCAUCUCUGAUCAAUCUAGGGUCAUUGAAUCCGACGACGAAGUCUUUUCUUUUUACAAGAUCAGUUAUUUGUGGUACAGCGCGAUCGGCUGCGUGUUGACGAUGCUGGUAGGCCUGGUGGUAAGUUUUGCCACAGGCGCGCAGAAUCCCGCCGACGUCGAUCAGGACUUCCUCAGUCCGCCGAUCGCGGCCAUGUUUCGCAUGCAGACGAAACCCGCGAGCGCAAACAUCCAGGGUAUCACGAACAUCGGUCUGGAACUGGAAGACGAGAAACCCCGACAGGCCGACGUCUGCAAGAGAGUCGCGUGAGAUGUUCUUGACAAAAGGAUGGAAGCAGUCACCGAACGGGAGUACUCGGAGCGGCAGCGAUUUCUCUGAACGGAAUUUCUUCGCGACACGUUGAUUGGAUCCAUAUUGUGCAAACGAAAAUUAAAUACAAGCUUUUAGAACGUAUCUGUGAUAGUCUUUACGACGUAGAAUAUUACGUUUAAGUAGACACGAUUUUUUAUUAAUAGUUAUGCCGAAAAACGCGUCAACGCUAUAUCAAUUUGCGCGAUAUAAAUGGACUUUAAUCGUUUACUAUACAGGGUCAGAAUUUGUCGAUUACUUGCCAUUCGAUUGUAACAGCGAAUAAUAAAAGGGUUUGCAAAUCCGUCCUUUUCGUAGAUUUCUAUCGCAAUUUCUCACAAUAAAUAUCUGAGUGUUUCUCCGUGAUUUAUGAAACACCCGUACAUCUACAAAGAAUAGGCGAACAUGAGAUGUACGCAUAUUGUUUUCUUGUCAGCUGAGUUUCACCUCUCAAUCACACACGUUGCUCAUCAUUGUCAAUGAACGCAUAAUGACAUACAACUUUAUAUAAAGAAUAACGGCUUAAAUUCUCUUAUUUCGAAGCGAAAUUUCGUAUAUCAUCUAUAUUUUAAGAACAAUCUUUUUAGAAAAUUUUGUACACUAGCGCAUUUUUCUAUACUGUGAUUUGGCACAAUAAAAUCUGUUUAGAAACGGUA